GGUGGUGCUGCCGUUAUGGCGCUCUCCUCGAUCCAGCAGCUCGACUCGCUCAAGUACAUCGAGCUCCAGCGCAUAGCCAAGGGCGCCGGCCUGAAGGCCAACCUACGGGCAGACAAAUUGUUGAAAGCAUUGAAGCAACACUUUAAUGGAGCAAAUCAAGAAAAUGAAAAUACGGAUUUGGAAAAAAGUGCAUCUGCUUCCAUCGAAUCAGAUGAACUAAACAGUCAGGAGGAAUCUAUGCCUGAUCAAGGGUGCUUUAUCACAAAAAGACGUGGAAAAGAAAAGAAAGCAACCAGGAAAAAGAGCAAUUCCCGGGAGGAGCCUAAUAGCAGUGAAGACGAUAAAGGACUUUCUGCUGAGAAAGAGGAGCAUUCAGAAAUGAAAGAAAACAACAUACCUCAAAAUGAAAAGGGAAAGAAGGUAUUGCAAAAUGAUGAACCAGUGGCUAAAAAGAGAACUAUUGAGAAUUCGGAUGUGGAUAUGGGGCAGAAAGAGCAACCAGAGAAGAUUUCUACUAAAAGAAAUGGAGUGGAGACUCAUCCUGCAGGAGGGAAGAUCCCUUUAUAUGUAGGCCGUGCAUCAAAGUCUGGGAAAACGGGAAUGAAAGCUACCACACCAAACUUCAAAAAGUUACAUGAGGCUCAUUUCAAGAAAAUGGAGUCUAUUGCUGACUACAUUGAGAGGAAAAAAAAGAUUAUUGAAAACUGCAGCAGUUCUCUCAACGAAGUCAAGGUACUGGCCAGAAAAGCUAAUCAUUUAAGAGUAUCAGAAAAAGGCACUCCACAUAACAAUUCUAAGAAACAUUCCAAUGGCAAAGCAUUCUUGUUCAGCCCAAAUCCAGAGAGAGGCAGAUUUUCUACCAGCUGCACUCCUAGCAACCUCCGACACUCACCACACAGUUCUUCAAACAUUGCAAAUAAAAGUAUUUUAUCCAGGAAGUCUACAUUUAAUCCUUCCGUCCUCUCAACAACCAAAAUGAAUGUCAGGUUCUCAGAAGCCACAAGAGAUAAUGAGCACAAGCGUUCUCUGACUAAAACCCCAUCGAGAAUGUCUCCGUAUUUGGAGGUCUGCACACCUGACAGCCAGAAGAGUAGCAAAGUCUUAAGUAGGAAAAACAACAGAAAUUCCAAAAAUGAUAUGUCUGCAUCCAAGGGAAAAGUAGAUGUUCUCACGCCCUUCAAGUUUGCAGCUACUACUGCAGAACCCACAAGCACAAAGAAGACAUUUGAUCUCAAAGCCAGUCUCUCAAGGCCACUUCGGUAUCAGCCCCAUAAAGGAAGACUAAAACCAUGGGGAGAAUUCAAAGAAAAUGCUGUCCCAAAUAAGCCUGUGGAUAGCAACAUCUCCUCAUACAAGAAAGAGUACAAGCAGCCACAUCUCCGGACCAGGGAAGAAAGACGUGAGAAGCAUGAGCAGGAAAGAAGAAAGAAAAAGGCUCAGGCUCUUGGAAACCGCAGAGGACUAACUGCGGCUUGAGAGAAAUCAGAAAUAGCUAAGAGUUCACUGUAAAUACUUCCUCUCAUGUAAAUAUUUGUGCUAUUUGUGCAUUAGAGUAUGUGUCAGGUUGCUAUUACCAGUAGAAUCCAAAGAGCUUUGAAUAAGACGUCGCAGUGUGUCUGGGCAUGUUCUCAUGACUGAUUCUUUCAGGGAGCUGCUGUAAAUUCUAACCUUCUAGGAGCUUAGAAUUACCUCCAGUUGCUUAAUAUUUUCAUUUAACUCUGGAAUUGACUGGAUACUCCAAACUUUGAAUAAAGGCGUCUUCAAUAAAUAGAUUUGGUAAGUCUGUGUAUCUAAAAGAUGGCAAAGGAGAAAAUGUAAGUGAAAAGAUGCUCAAAGAGCCUCCUUGUAACUUAUGUCAGGCUUCCCCACCAGAGUGCAUUCCUUACUCACCAGAACAUGUUUUUUGGA